AUGGCGGAAACCACCGACGAGAGCCCCUCCGACCUCCUCACACACCACCAACAGCAGACGCCUCCGCCCAAACCGCGGGUCAAGCGCUUCGUGAAGAACCAAAUCCCAGACUCCAUCCUCAACGACGCCGCUCUGAACGCCGCCAUCUCCCUUCUCCCGGCCAACUACAACUUCGAGAUCCACAAGAUCGUCUGGAGGGCUCGCUCCACCGGCGCCACCCGCAUCGCGCUCCAGUUCCCGGAGGGCCUCCUCAUGUACGCCCUCGCCAUCUCCGACAUCCUCACCGCUUUCGCCGGCGCCACCCACUGCUUCGUCCUCGGCGACGUCACCUACGGUGCCUGCUGCGUCGACGACCUCUCGGCUCGCGCCCUCGGCGCCCACCUCCUCGUCCACUUCGGCCACAGCUGCCUCGUGCCUAUCGACUCCACCACCGUCCCCACGCUCUACGUCUUCGUCGAGAUCUCAAUCAACACGCGCAAGCUUCUCGAGGAGCUGAGUUACAAUUUUUCCUCCGACGAAACCGGCAGCUUCAUCAUGGCAGGGACGAUUCAGUUUUCCAGCGCGAUUCGUGCAGUCAAGUCAGAGCUGGAGAAUUUGGGGUUUAGGGUUAUGAUACCCCAAUCGAGGCCCCUCUCCGCAGGGGAGGUUUUGGGGUGCACGGCCCCAACUGUGAAAUUACAAAAUUCGGCUGGAAAAGACGAUGUGAUCAUCUUCGUGGCUGAUGGAAGGUUCCAUCUGGAGGCGUUCAUGAUAGCCAAUCCCGAGAUUAGGGCUUUCAGAUACGAUCCGUAUUUGGGGAAGUUGUUCUUGGAGGAAUACGAUCAUCAGGGGAUGAAGGAAGAUAGGAGAAGAGCAAUAGAGAGAGCUGUUGGAGCAAAAACAUGGGGUAUUGUGUUGGGGACGCUAGGCAGGCAAGGGAAUCCGAUGGUGUUAGAUCGGUUGGAGAAGAAAAUGAAUGAUAAAGGUUUGGAUUACAUGAUUGUCUUGAUAUCCGAGCUUUCGCCCAAUAAAAUCGAGUUGUUUGGAGACGCAGUUGAUGCUUGGGUUCAGAUCGCAUGCCCCAGACUGUCCAUAGAUUGGGGGGACGCGUUCAAGAAGCCAUUGUUAACUUCUUUUGAAGCUGAAAUUGCGCUUGGGGAUUUGCCCGGGUGGUGGGAGAGGAAAUUGAGGUGUGGUGAUAGCAGUUUGGGGAGUGGAAAUGAGAAUGCAACUGAGGGCGUGGAUUACCCGAUGGAUUACUAUGCGCAGGAUGGAGGGGAAUGGAACUCCUGUUAUUCAAAGAAAUCAGCUAAUGCUCGGCGUAAAAACAUUAAUUGUUGCAGUAAUGGACCUAAUGGUUGUGGACAGCCUUCAAAUGGCCAAAAGGUCUGUCAGUAG